AAGAAGAGAACUUUUUUGAAGUUGUACGUUUUGUUAUCUCUCUUAUAGUCUACAGAUUCAAAUGGAUGCUCGGGUUCCACUCUCUUUAUCUACUCUAUUGGAACUCUGCACCAAUCUCUUGCAAAAAUCUGUAAACAAGUCCAAUGGUCGUUUCACAGCGCAAUUGGUCCAUUGUCGCAUUAUCAAAUCGGGUCUUGUGUUCAGCGUUUACCUGAUGAAUAAUCUAAUGAAUGUCUACUCAAAGACUGGUUAUGCUCUUCACGCACGCAAGUUGUUCGAUGAAAUGCCUCUGAGAACGGCUUUUUCUUGGAACACGGUUCUUUCGGCUUAUGUUAAACGUGGAGAUAUGGAUUCGACUUGUGAAUUCUUUGAUCGGUUGCCUCAGAGGGAUUCGGUUUCGUGGACUACGAUGAUUGUUGGGUAUAAGAAGAUUGGUCAAUAUCAUAAGGCUAUAAAAAUUAUGGGGGAAAUGAUGAGAGAAGGGAUUGAGCCGACGCAGUUUACGCUUACGAAUGUGCUUGCAUCGGUUGCUGCAACUCGGUGUUUGCAGACAGGUAAAAAGGUUCAUUCUUUCAUCGUUAAGCUUGGUCUUCGUGGUAACGUUUCUGUGUCGAAUUCCCUGCUUAAUAUGUAUGCAAAAUGUGGUGAUCCGAUGAUGGCAAAAGUUGUUUUUGAUAGAAUGGUGGUUAAAGAUAUCUCAAGCUGGAAUGCUAUGAUUGCGUUACAUAUGCAGGUUGGUCAGAUGGAUCUAGCUAUGGCGCAAUUUGAGCAAAUGGCUGAUCGCGAUAUAGUCACUUGGAAUUCUAUGAUUUCUGGUUACAAUCAGAGAGGGUAUGAUCUCAGAGCUCUAGAUAUGUUUUCGAAGAUGCGGAGGGAUUCUAUGUUGUCACCAGAUAGAUUCACUUUGGCGAGUGUGUUAUCUGCUUGUGCCAAUCUUGAGAAGCUUUGUAUUGGGAAGCAGAUUCAUUCACAUAUUGUUACUACAGGGUUUGAUAUUUCCGGAAUUGUGUUAAACGCUUUAAUCUCUAUGUAUUCGAGGAGUGGAGGGGUCGAGACUGCCCGAAGACUAAUAGAACAAAGAGGAACCAACGAUCUCAAGAUCGAAGGUUUUACAGCUUUACUUGAUGGGUACAUUAAGCUUGGGGAUAUGAACCAAGCUAAGAAUAUAUUUGAUUCGUUGAAAGAUCGCGAUGUAGUCGCAUGGACCGCCAUGAUUGUAGGAUACGAGCAACACGGUUUGUAUGGUGAAGCUAUAAACCUUUUCAGAUCAAUGGUAGGAGAAGGGCAGAGACCAAAUAGUUAUACUCUUGCAGCAAUGUUAAGUGUAGCUUCAAGUUUGGCAUCAUUGGGCCAUGGCAAGCAAAUCCAUGGGAGUGCUGUAAAGUCAGGGGAAAUUUAUUCGGUUUCUGUCAGCAACGCGUUGAUAACAAUGUAUGCAAAGGCGGGUAGCAUUACAUCGGCAAGCCGGGCAUUUGAUUUGAUACGCUGUGAGAGGGAUACAGUAUCUUGGACGUCCAUGAUUAUUGCGUUGGCACAGCACGGUCACGCAGAAGAAGCACUUGAACUCUUUGAGACAAUGCUGAUGGAAGGACUGAGACCUGAUCACAUAACAUAUGUUGGUGUUUUCUCUGCCUGUACUCAUGCCGGUUUGGUCAACCAAGGUCGUCAAUACUUCGAUAUGAUGAAGGACGUUGAUAAGAUUAUACCUACCCUUAGCCACUAUGCUUGUAUGGUGGACCUGUUUGGACGUGCUGGUUUAUUGCAGGAAGCACAAGAGUUCAUCGAAAAGAUGCCUAUUGAGCCUGAUGUAGUGACAUGGGGUUCACUGCUUUCUGCUUGCAGGGUUUACAAGAACAUCGAGCUUGGGAAAGUUGCAGCAGAAAGAUUGCUUCUUAUCGAGCCAGAGAACAGCGGGGCACACUCAGCCUUGGCUAACUUAUACUCAGCUUGCGGUAAAUGGGAAGAAGCAGCUAAGACAAGAAAAUCCAUGAAAGAUGGAAGAGUUAAGAAGGAACAAGGCUUUAGCUGGAUUGAAGUGAAGCAUAAAGUCCAUGUCUUUGGAGUCGAAGACGGGACUCAUCCCCAGAAGAACGAGAUUUACAUUACAAUGAAGAAGAUUUGGGACGAGAUAAAGAAAAUGGGAUAUGUUCCCGACACUGCUUCUGUACUACACGACCUCGAAGAAGAGGUUAAAGAACAAAUUCUAAGGCACCACAGCGAGAAACUAGCAAUCGCAUUCGGGUUGAUUAGCACUCCGGAUAAAACCACAUUAAGGAUCAUGAAGAAUCUCAGAGUGUGCAAUGAUUGCCAUACGGCUAUAAAGUUUAUCUCCAAGCUUGUGGGAAGGGAAAUAAUAGUGAGAGAUACAACAAGAUUUCACCAUUUCAAAGAUGGGUUUUGUUCCUGCCGAGAUUAUUGGUAUGGCUUCUUUGGAAGGAAACCAACAAAAGUUUCCUCUUUCAUUGUUAUAUUGGCAUAGCUUUCUUUGAGUGAACAAAGAAUGGAGUUGAAAGAACAAGGUUUGAGGUUGUCUCUGGUUCUCUGUAACGCUUCAGUGCUAAACUGCGCCGCUUUGGCUUUAACGGCUACUCUGCUCUCCUCUUUGCUAGAGCUCUUCUCUCAGGUUACUGUCUUGAAGGGUGAUGUUAUAGAGAAUGGAUACGAGGUGGUUGAUGCAGUGGAAGGCAAUGGAAACAAUGAUGAUAGUGGUGAUGAUGGAGGAGAAGAAGAAGAAGGCAGUGCAGAAGAUGCAGAAGGAAAGGAGACCAAGAAAGGACCGGUAAGUGAUCCUGAUUUGAACGGUGAAGCUGGAGAUGAUAAUGAUGAUGAACCUGAAGGAGAUGACGGCAACGAUGACGAUGAUGAUGAUGAUAACCAUGAGAACGACGAUGAUGAUGAGGAGGAGGAUGAAGAUGAGAAUGAUGAUGGUGGUGAAGAUGAUGAUGAUGAGGAGGCAGAGGUAGAGGAGGAGGAAGAGGAAGAAGAUGAUGAGGAAGCACUUCAGCCACCAAAAAAGAGGAAGAAGUGAACAAACCGCUUUGAUCUCCUAACAUUUUAGAUUCAAAAACCAGAACUUGUUAUCGGUUUCUACCAGAAGAGGAGAAAAUCUUAAGGCACCAUCACCUUUAGCUUCGACUGUGUCUUUGUUGUUCCAUAAACCAAAAAGACUUUG